AUGCACCGCGAAGAACAAGAGUAUGAGUAUCUCUACAAAAUUGUACUAAUUGGAGACAGUGGUGUUGGCAAAACCAAUCUCUUAGAACGUUUAGCCCAUAAUCGCUUCAACAGCGGGACCAAGUCCACUAUUGGGGUUGAAUUUGACACUAAGUGUUUUGUUGUGGACGGCAAGCGCAUUAAAGCCCAAAUCUGGGACACUGCCGGCCAAGAAAGAUACAGAGCUAUUACAUCAGCUUACUACCGAGGCGCCGCCGGUGCCAUUAUCGUCUAUGAUAUCACGCGCAAAGACACCUUCAAAAACGCCACCACCCAAUGGAUCAAGCAACUCAAAGACAAUGCCGAAAGCAGCAUUACUAUUUCUCUAGUUGGCAACAAAACCGAUCUAGUUGGCAAACGCGAAGUAUCUCUCCAAGAGGCCCGAGAAGCCGCCCAGGUAGGAUCUUUCCAAAUCACCGAAACUUCAGCCCUUUCCGACACCAAUGUCAAGGAAGCUUUCCAAAGUCUAGUCGAGCAAAUCUACCACCAAAAAGCAACCGAAACUUCAGCCAAUCGCAACAAUAUUUCAUCUAAGCCCCUCCUAAACCUAGAUGAUGAUAUUUCCGUUAAAACCAACUUUUGGUGUUGUUAA